AUGAAGGCAAUAGGCCAAAGGUUAAUUCAAGAUGAUGACUAUGACGUGAUCGGCAGUAAGAUAUUGAUCUUGUAAAGCUGAAAAAUUCAAAUUUUUUAAAAUUUUAAAAUUUAAUUUUUUUCUUAGUUUGUAAAAACAUUGUUUUCAGACAUCAUUGGGAUCUUUAGCGUAGGAACAGGCGAUCUAACCACUGACACAAUAUCGAAUUCGGAAAAUAAAUGGCACAAAAUGGAAGAAUUUCGACAAUUUUCCUUCAAUGUGGUUCGGAAUUCCCAUGCUCGGUACGCUGUGUAUGUUAUGAUGCGCAACAUGAAUCAAACCGAUUACACACCCUACUGUGCCACAAUUUACAGUAGACAUGUUGUUCGAAUGAGCGUGUGUUUGGAACGGUUGAAUGAAACGGGCUUCAAUUUGUACGCUUUUGGAACGGCUGGUAAGUUUUUUGCAAAUUACAUCAAUGCCGUAGCCCAGAGUCCUAGCCCGGAGCCCUAGCUCAGAGUCCUAGCCCAGAGCCCUAGCCCAGAGCCCUAGUUUAGAGCCCUAGUCUAGAGCCCUAGCCCAGAACCCUAGCCCAACCUUAUCGUUGCCAUUUUUUAAAAAUUAAAUAGUAAGCCUUAGCUUUCGUUUUCGCUUUAGCUAUAUUCCGAGCCAUAGUACAGUAUUACUAUUCACCCGACCCUACCAAUACCAUAAUCCUUGUCAUAGCUUUGCUCAGUCCUACCUUAUAAUACUUACGACAAUUUUAGAACAAAUCACCUCCAAGUACUACAUCUUCAAGCACGAGCCCGUCAUCAUCUUUCGCAUCUUCUUCCUGGGAUUUGUAAUUGAAAUCGACAAAAUCAAGUUACGAUUACCUCAUCAUAAGAUUGAGGGCAUAUCUUCCAAUCCAUCGACCAUCAACUUCACAUUGGCAUUUUCAUCGGAAGACUAUGCGAAUCGAUCCGUUCAUUACAUUUUUCAUAAGGUAAGGAAUAUUUUAAUUUUUAUAAAUUUAAAAUUUUUUCGAAAUUUUAAAAUUUAGUAAAAUGAUUAUUUUUAAAAAAAGAACGUUGCCAAUUUGAAUCCAUACAGCUUGUUUAACAUGUCAAAGUCGAAUAUCGAAGCAAUGGAACAAGAAAGGCUUCAGAAGUUGGGAAGACAAGUCAUGUCAAUCCCAAUUUUACUGUAAGUUUAGUUUUAUUCUUAUUGUAAAGAAAGUUCUUGCCAUUUUCUGUUUUGUAAAGAAAGUUCUUGCCAUUUUUUGUUUUGUAAAUAAAUUUCUUGCCAUUUUUUGUUUUGUAAAUAAAUUUCUUGCCAUUUUUUGUUUUGUAAAGAAAGUUUUUGUUAUUUUUUGCUUGUAAAAACAGUUCUUGCUUUCAGGAUAUGUCUAACAACAUCUAUGAUCAUAUUAACCACCCUGACCAUCGCUUCUGUGUGUAAGAAUAAAAGUGAAUCCAAGAGGAGCCUUGAAGUGCUAAAGCAAAUGAAGAAGGAACUGAAAGACCUAGCCAAACUAGCCCGAGGCGAGAUUGAAAUCAAGGAUACAGUUUCAAAAAUGGCAUUUUCAUUACCAACCACACCUCAGAAAUCCGAAUAUACCAGCAUUCAGAAGACACAAGGGUCGCGUAUGCAGAAGAUUAAGUCGAUUGAAAAGAAAAGUGAAGAAAAGUAA